AUGUUUAAGCAUACAUAUUUGUAGUUUGGAUACUUCACUAAGAUUGUGUUUGGAGAACAAAUGCUCUCUCUCUCUCUCGCACACAGUAACAUCUCCCCUGAGUUCACCAACUAGGUUUAAGACAUUAAACCCCUCCUUUUCAGGUCCCUUUCACCUUUUCCUCUCCUCCUUCCAUUCGUGUUUCCAUUUGCACACUUGCUAGUUCUUGAGUCGAGCUCGCGGACGUACUACAUACACAAGCUGCGAGAAAGGGUGAGGCGGAGACGACGAAGAAGCCAAGUGCUGCCUCCGAGUAGUUAGAGAGCCGUCCCCGGAGAUGUCGGGCCGCCGUGGCAGGAUCAGCGACGACGAGAUCAACGAGCUCAUCUCCAAGCUCCAGGCCCUCCUCCCGGAGUCCUCCCGCCGACGGAACGCGAGCCGGUCGUCGGCGUCGAAGCUUCUGAAGGAGACGUGCAGCUACAUCAAGAGCCUGCACCGGGAGGUGGACGACCUCUCCGACCGGCUGUCGGGGCUCAUGUCGACCAUGGACAGCGACAGCCCCCAGGCCGAGAUCAUCAGGAGCCUCCUCCGGUGACCCCUCUCUGCUAGCUGCAGCUAGCAGAUGAAGAGAAGACGAAGGAGCUUGCUGCCUUCCUACGACCCUAUGUUUCUCUUCGUCCUUCUUUUUCGUCUUGGUGUGUAUUUAUUCCGUGUUUAAUUAAUCAAAUGGCCCUCGUUUAGGAGAGAAGGGCUUCCGGUAUGCGUCUAUUUCUCAUGUACCAGGGGUUAGUAGAGAUAAAUAUGAACUUGUAUCGGCCAAGGUACCAGUAGUGUCCACUAGCAUUUGUAGACUGUAGCUGUUCUCAGCUUCAGAUGCAUCCUCAGUCAGAGUGUUGUUGUUUGUA